GUUCUCCACUAGUCUCAGAAUUCAAGCAGUCAAGGUGCCACAGAUGUGCACCACCUUACACCGUGUACACCCAGGUGAGCCAUAUGAUGUGGAAGUUCUUGGCUUUUUUCACCCUACGAUUAGACGAGCAAAGGUGGCGAUCUUGCACGUUGCUUGCGAUGAUUGCUGGCGUCGCUUGAAACGAGGACAUUUGACGGAUCCAGAUGUUUUGGAAGGUUACAUCAAGUGCGAGGACACCGUUCUUCUUUCUAAAUGCGAAGAUGAUUCAGUACUGGCCCUAAAGCAAGAAGCCGUCAGGCACGUCAGGCAGUUCGUGACGCUUAGAAGUGCCCGCUUUCCGAUCGUAUCAAGGGAGCUUCAUUCUGAGCCCUCAGAAUUCUCACUCAUGAUUGGGGACGACAUUUGCACCUUCAGCGUCCCGGUCUUGCACAACGUUGAGGAAUUUCAAACAGCGCCCUUUGUGAAGGAGAUCGACUUUGACUGGGAAGACGGUCGCAAAUACUUAGACAUAGAACUGGACGAUACUGCCAUUUGUUUGGUAGGGGAUGACAUUGUGAUGAUGAGCAGCAAAUCGGUACACCAAUCAAACUCGUUGGGAUUCGAAGUCCUGGACGACUAUGAUGCCCCGGCUUUGCCUGCUGGCAUGGUGCCUAUGGGUCCUUUGUUGAGACUUUGGCCUGAAAAUGUGACCUUCUCUGAAGAAAUUCAUGUAGUCAUGCCCGUGUGUCGUGGUGCGAAGAAUGCUUGGUGCACCACUGACAAUGGCUGGAAGCAGGUGCCUGCUCAGAUAAGACAGGGCAUCAUGAUCACCUCUUUACACCACUUUUGUAGUAUGCAGCCUGCUGGCGAACCGGUGGCAAUAAAGGCCUUGGGUUACAUCAAGCAGCCAAGUGCAAAGAUAGUUUUGGCACACGUUGGCUGUGUCGAGUGUAUGUACACCCUGACAAAGUGUGAGAACGAUCUUGACAUGCUCAAGGACUUUACAAAAUGCAGCGAUCCAGAGCAGCUGGGCAAACGUAACGAUGGUGAUAAAGUGGAGCUCUCGCAGCCAGGAACUUUCCAAACGACGAUCCAGUUGAAAUUUCAGAAGUUUCCCGUUGUCUCUAAAAAGCUCUCAGCUCAGUCUGGGAGUUUCAAAGUUCAAGUUGAUGACGAACCUUACGAGUUUCAACUGGACAAAGAUGCGGACAACGCAGAGGUAGCUCGUCCCAGACAACAUGCAAUCCACCGCCCGCUUGAGGUCAGGCUUAAGUGGGAAGAGCCUGUUGUGAUUGAGGUGGAUCUUUCAGAGCUGCUGACGAAGAUGGACCCAAGGUUGUACAAGGACCUUGCCCAAGAAAGGGGAAAAUGGCAUCAAGUCUCCGAAGACCUCUUUUUUCACAUCUGGACAGAUGCCAAUAUUGCUAGACUUAGAGCACACGUUGCACAAAGGUCUUUGUGCUUGGAGCAUGUCGAGCAGGUCACAUCCUACUUGGUGCGAAGAAUCUGCGUUGCCUUGGGCCUGGCCUUCUCUUCUGACACGGCUAAGAACCUUACCAAGAUCGUCCGCUGCAAACAGGUCACAGAUUCGCGAUGGUAUGACAUCUUUCGACACCGUGUGUUCAGUACAAUCAAUUCCUGUGCCAAGCGUGGUGCUAGCCACAUUCUACUGGUGGGCGUACAGCCAAAGAUGCUGAACUCAAUCACUGGGGAAGAGCUCCGCCGUCUUGACGAAGAUCUGAAGCAUGCAUCUGAGAAGAAGAGCUUUGACUUCUAUCACUUGCUUAAAGGUAUGGAACGCCCCAUUGACAAACUCGAAGGGGAGCUGCAGCAGUGGCUGCGAGAAGAUACAAACCACCAGGUCGUGAUCGUAUCCUGCUGCGAGGACGAUCAAGAAGAAGCCCAACGUAUUUGCAAACGCCUCAAUGAGGGGCUGGAUGUAUUGGAAUACGUUGAUGCAUUGAGUCCAGAGGAAGUCAUGUUCAAUCUGAGCAUCACUGCCAUCAAGAAAGUCCUUACGCAACUUGGCCAGGAUGGAUUUACGAUGCCUGCGGAGAAGCUCGGCGAAGCCAUGAGGAUGCUUGGGAUGAGUGCGACAACGAUGAAGGUGUCCACGCCAUCGACCAAACCGAUUGGCAUCCUUACCCUGCACGAUCUUUUGCUCGAAGACCUGAAGAAUUCGGCUGCAGAUCCUUACAAUGUGCUCAUGAAGUUCUUGAGGCUUUUGGAUGGAGAUUGCAAGGACACCAUGUCUGUUGCGGAGCUGAAGCGUUUCCUCGGAGUUGGAGGUAUGCGAUCGGAGAAUGAGCUUGAGGCCACUGUUUCAGCAAAGAGAUUUCGGCAGGCUGAGAUCCCACUUUCAAAGCUCAGAGAAGCGUUAUUUGAUCCAGAAAGCCAACAAAAGCUGCUGAACGAUCAACAAACGACCAGUCGAAUUUCUUGGGCAGUGGCUGACCGGAAUGCCUUCCAAGUCUUUGAUGGGCCUUGGAGUGCCAUAAAUUCUGGAACAAAGGUGGCGGCCAAUUCUGGAGCACAGUCCUCUGCAGGAGAGGAUCACAAAGAUUCCGUGGCUGUUGGAAGAGAGACUGGCAGAAUCUCAGUGCCAAUACCCGUGGCUCCUGCAAAUGGCAAGCACUUGUUCCUUUCUGGUCGAUUCAAUGAUCCAAAGAGCAAGAGCUACAUGAGAGCAGUCAGAGACGAACUUGAACAGUUGGGAGUCCAAACUUACAUGGUGGAAGGACAAGGAGCUGGUGGCGACUUUGCCCCAGCUACCAUUAGAGGCCUCUACCAUGCCAUCGCCAUGGUGGCAUUUUGCACCCGUGACUAUGGCCAGAAGACCAACGUGGGCUACGAGACCUGGAGAGAGUUGAAAACUGCACACGAAAGGGACAUUCCCAUCAUUCCAGUUCAACUGUGCGAUACCUAUCCGCCAGAACCACCAGACGAGGAGGGUCGACAGCAAAAUUGGUUCGUUCUUGGUCCCAGUCGCAUCAAAAUCAAAGACGUGGGGUCAAACGAACCUGCCAGGGUAGCGAAAGACGUGCAAAGGACUUGGCUGAAUUUAACCAGGCGUUGAACAAGUCCUGCUGUGUGAGUGCUCAGGACCAGAGAACAGAACCUGAAUUGUAUAAGUAUAUGGGUAAACAUUGCAAGAACUUUGUAUUUUGUUGCUUAUGUUUGCUCCUUAUUUGCUUUUGCGUAGCCGUUCGUGGCUGUUCAAAGCCCACGGAUUCCGGGCAGCUGGAGGAAUACCGAACCAGAAGAGAAGAUGCCAAAGCAGGAAGGAGACGUGCAAUGUUCUUCUUUGUUUUCUGACCCGUUUGUUCGAUCCUCGGUUGGGGGCUGCGGAACUCGCCGGGUUGGGAGACGUUGCAAGCGUUUUACAUGUGAAUCAGGAAGACUGGCUUUCAAACUUUGCACGGGCUAUAGAGGUGCAGCGAACUCUACAGGAAGAACAUCCUACUCAUGUAUUUCGUGUCGCCAAGACCAAGCACGCAACCAACCGAGUAGUCUUUGACCCUGUGCGACACUGAACUGCAGGAAUUGCGUUCUCCCGGCGUAGGCUGCUCAUCCAAUCCCUGAAUUGGGGACAGUCAUCCAUCGUAAAUUGCAUUCCAAGUAAACAUUGUCAGUUUCCACUCUGACAUACCUUGGCAUCACUGCGUCAGUUCCAGAACGCAGAUUUGCGGAGCUCUGACGAGCGGAAAUACGUUGGGGAGUAUCGGCUUGAGGGCCUAUAGAGGUGGGAACUACAUUAUCAGGUGCAUAGUGAACCUCCUGAAGCUCUUGUUGAUUCAACCCUCAACACAUUUGUCUUCGUGUUGCAGUGUCAGGUGAAAUGAAACAAGGCGGGGAUGCUCAGCUGCUUGCAUCAUGGCAUCAUGGCAUCAUGGCUCGUGCUUGCCUCAAGCUCAUUCUGCCUCUUCACAAUCCUCACCUUUUGAUUGCAAUGGCCCAUUUCAAUAAUCAAGUCCUAUGUUUUGGGGGGGCUGCUUAUGGCUGACUUCCCUGUUCACUCACAGCCAGGCAGCCUUCUCCUCAUGGAGUCGCAAGUCUUCAUCCCGUCACCCGUUUGGACCCGACCUCGUUUUCAGGAUCAGCCAACGCCUUUGGUCGCGUUACCUUCAUAGUCCGGCUCAUCGAACUGUUCCUUUGCCCUCAUGUUCCGGAUUCCUCCUCAGAUCAUCUCAUAUCCUCUCCCAUGCACCAAAAACAGCCUUCCGGCCGGUCAUGUGCCUUCCAGUGUUGCUGAGUGCUUGGACCUCCAGAUGCAUUCAGCUCGAAGGACACCAAGAGCGCCCUUGCUGCUGUCCUUUAUCUUUGCACCUCUCGUGGUCCCCAGAUGCAUUUGGCAGUGCUCUUGAUUGAGUUUUAAAGAGCGCUUUCCUCAAGAAAUAUCAAGCUUUAAACGCUUUGUGGGGAAUUGUAUCUGUUUAUUUGUUUCGUGCAGUUUUGUUUGCCACAACAAUCUCACUAUCCACUUCAUCAGUUCCAUUUGGAUCCGCAGCGUUCGUGGAAUCCCCUACGUCUGCCCGUUUGCAAAGACUCAACCACUUCACUUUGCACAUCUUCGCACUUUGGCACCUUCUUUCAUUUGGAUUGGUUCAUCAGUUGGUUGCAUUUGGCUGAAGGUCAAGCCCAGAGCUUCACUUAUGCCAACACAUGAUAUGACUGGUGUUUGACAGUGAAACUCACUAGCUUCGACGCAAAUUCAACGCAAUGCGUAAAGGCCUUGAAUGUUGGACUCUGCCCCCCAACCCGCAGCCACAGCGCCACUGUGAGCCCUGUAAGACCCAGAUCUUUUGGGAUGGAACCCGGGAAGACCACCUCAGCUAUAUAUGGCCACUGGUAACUAAACAUUACAUGUUUUUCUUUAACACGGAUGUAAGAAGUCGUUCUUUUUCUUUGACAUGACAUACUGCCAGCGGAGUAAGCUUCUUUCACCGAGGGCUUGAACCCUCAGACCCUCCACAACCUUCUUUAACUUGCUGCAACUAUGCCCCGAGGCCUUUAGACGCCUUGGGGGUUCUUGGGCGGGUUGGCUGCCAGCAAUGGAAAUGCACCCGUUUAUUGCUCUGGAGGAUUCGGUUGGACAAAGCGCUAGUUUAGGAUCUUGUACGCCAGUACAAAAUGUCACACAUCAUUGUCAUUAUUGGUUUUACCAGAGGGUAGAACAAUGGUUUGCAUGUUUGGUAAAACAAUUCUUAAUUUUGUGGGAUCCUUCUGUUCUGGUUCAGUUCAGCUGCAAAAGAUGAGAAGACACCCAGGACGGACCAAGCAUCCCGACCAUGAACCAGAAGACAGCCAAUUCGCCAUUCAACUAUGACCCAGCCACAUCCCGACUCAGCCAAAGAUUCCUGAAGACCGAAGUCGAACCCCACCAGACUGCUUUAGCUCUUGUUGAACCCAAUGUUGUCCCACUGUGAGGGAUGCUGCUGAUGCGCAUGAUGGGUUCGGUCCACAGUUCACAUCAGCGUGGGAUGAUUCAAUUCACUUCUUUUGCAAGACCCAUCAUUGAUAAGCAACGAUUGCAUGCUCUUGCUUUAUUUUGAAUUCAACAGAUGUAGCGAGCUUGUAAGGCACAAACAAGCCAAGUGAAUCACAAGGUGAUCGAGGGUACGGGUAGAGAGCCUCCCAAAGACGCAGACAAAGUUCUACCUUUACCUGCGCAGCAGCAUCCGUGGCAACAAAAAUCAUAAUGACAUAGGUGACCCACAGUGAUGAUGUUGGAAUACACGAAGAGAAGACAUGGCAUGGGGAGGACCAGCGGAGUUCUCCUUAACAGUCAACAAGUUGAACAGAUUUGUAGAGAUUGCAACUAAAACUGAAGACAAAAGUCGACGCUUUGGAAGUUUCCUUUGGACUCGUUGCUGCAGCUGUGAGCCUCGCUUGGAACUGUUUA